CUUCUUCACCAAUCUAAGGGGGAAGAAGCAUCUACCCCAGGCAGCAAGCUUCUGUCUUCCAUCUGCAAGCGUCUGUUUUUAUAUGUGAGGGUGGAAGUGUAAAAAGAAGGGGGGCAUCGUGGUUGAUCUCCUGUUUGGUUUUUCAAGGUCCUUGAUGCACCUUCCCCCUUCCUGGGCUACAAAGAAGGAAGCCCGAGGAGGAUGGCAGAAAGCGAAUGCGAGACCCCCAGCACUCCAGGGGAGUUUGAGAGCAAAUACUUUGAAUAUAAUGGGAUACGUCUGCCCCCCUUCUGCAGGGGAAAGAUGGAAGAGAUUGCCAAUUUUCCAGUGAGAGACAAUGAUGUCUGGAUUGUUACCUACCCCAAAUCAGGUACCAGUUUAUUGCAGGAAGUAGUGUAUCUGGUAAGCCAAGGAGCUGAGCCCGAUGAAAUUGGAUUAAUGAAUAUAGAUGAACAACUUCCAGUCUUAGAAUACCCCCAGCCUGGUCUGGACAUUAUCAAGGAACUUACAUCUCCUCGCCUCAUCAAAAGUCACCUACCAUAUCGUUUUUUGCCUUCAGAUCUACACAGUGGUGAUUCCAAGGUAAUAUAUAUGGCUCGCAAUCCCAAAGACCUGGUAGUAUCUUAUUACCAGUUUCACCGCUCCCUACGAACCAUGAGCUACAGAGGAACAUUUCAAGAGUUCUGUCGAAGAUUUAUAAAUGACAAGUUAGGAUAUGGUUCAUGGUUUGAGCACGUGCAGGAAUUUUGGCAACAUCACAUGGAUUCCAAUGUACUGUUUCUCAAGUAUGAAGAUAUGCACAAGGACCUUGCAACUAUGGUUGAACAACUGGCGAGAUUCCUGGGUGUCUCUUAUGACAAAGCACAGUUAGAAUCCAUGGUGGAACAUUGUCACCAGCUCAUCGACCAGUGCUGCAAUGCAGAAGCUCUUCCAAUUGGCAGGGGACGGGUUGGGCUAUGGAAAGACAUCUUCACUGUCUCCAUGAACGAGAAAUUUGAUUUAGUUUACAAACAGAAGAUGGGGAAGUGUGACCUGAAUUUUGACUUUUAUUUAUAAAAGAACAACAAUGCAUGUUAGAUCUUCUGGCUCUCUGCAUUCACUUAUAACUUGCUGGACACAACAGUGUGGCUGUUAUAUGUAUCAAGAUUUACAUGCAAAUGGCAGAAUGCACUGGGAAGUAAGAACAUAAGAAGAACGCCACAAAAAGCCCCACUACAUUGGAUCAAAGGUCCACAUAGCCUAGCAUUCUCUUUGCAAAUGUAAUCAAUCAAAAGGCAACUGCUUUCCCCUGUUGUUUCCCCCCAGCAUCUGGCAUUCACAAAGGCUGUAUGUCACUAUCCUAGCUAAUGGGUCUACUAUAGACCUACAUUCCACAAUUUGUUGACUCCCUUUUAAAGCCAUUUAACUUGGGGCUCGCAUUACAUCUCACUGCAGUAAAACCUAUGUUAAUUAUACAGUGUAUCAAAAAGUGCUUUUUCUUGUCUUUCUUGAAAUAUUGCUGGUCAAUUUCAAUGCUUUACCCUAAAUUUUACAGUGGUGUGAAAGAGAGAAAACCUUCUCUGUCUGCUGUCCCCAUAAUUCAUAAUUUUACACACUUUUCCUGUGUUCUCACUCAGUGUUUUGCUUACAGUUGGCUCACACAAAGGCAUUUACACAAGCAGAGGUGUUUGGACCUUUUUAAAGCACUUUUUUGGUAAGAGAAAGGGGUGUUAUCACAAUAGUAACUAAAUCAUUGCAUAUAUAUAUAUUUUCUGAGAUGUAGUGUAAUAAUCCUGUGCCUGUUUACUUCCAAGACCUACUUUAAACAGUGGGGCUUAUUCUUAGGUAAAUAGGCAUAAGAUUGCAGCUAUGCAACACAAUCCUAUGCAUGCUUAUUCAGAAGCAAAUUUCGCUGAGUUGAAUGUGACUUACUCACAAGUAAGUAUGCAUAGGAUUACAGCCUCGGUGAUCCUCCCCCCACCCAAGUAUAUAAACAUUUUAUAUUUUCUUUCUUGGGAAGGUACUCCAACCCUUCACUUACUCUGUACCUGCAUAGCUCCUAUUCAUUUCAAUAGGGCUUGUGUAAAAUAAUUUCCCAGUGCACUGUGCUCAAACAGAAACUAAGCAAACAAUAUAAAAUACUGUACAAAUGUGUUUGAUCCUGUUCUUUCUCCACAAACAUGCUAAAAAAGAAAUGAAUAUCAAGAAUAUGUGGCUACUAUAGAGUGCAUUCUAUAAGGGGGAGGUGAGAGAAUGAGGUUAGAGAUGUAUACCUUUUUAGCCCUACAAUUAUUUUAAAUCCUUUAUAGAAGCUGUUCAGUGAAAAUCUUAAAAUAGUUCAGUGAACUAGACCAAGUUCAGAGGGGAGGAUAACUGGUCUGGGGAGGAGAGCUGAUCUUGUGAUAACAAGCAUGAAUUGCCCCCUUUGCUAAGCAGGGUAAGCCCUGGUUUGCAUUUGGAUGGGGGACUACAUGUGAGCACUGUCUGCUGUAAAAUAUUCCCCUUAGGGGAUGGGGCUGUAGCUCAGUAGUAGAGCAUCUGUUUGCACACAAAAGGUCCCAGCUUAACUCCCUGGCAUCUUCAGGUACGACUGGAAGAGACUCCAGGUAGGACUGGGAGAGACCUGAAACCUUGGAGAGCUGCUGUCAGUGAGUGUAAACUCACUAUACUGAGUGUAGACUAUAGUGAGCUAAAUGGACCCAUGGUCUGAUUUGGAAUAAGGCAGCUUCCUAUGUUACUAUGGGAAGUAGGUUGCAGGCUAAAUUGACAUGUUGAAAUAACAUUGGGGGUUAGGCUGAUGAAAACUGUUAUUGUUUUGGAUAACAACACUAUCCAACAAACUUGGAUAACAACACUAUUUUAUCCCCAAAUUACAAUGGGUAAUUCAUUUCAUUUUCUCAGUUGAAUACAGGCAUGAAGGUUCUUGUAUCUUCUGCCACCAUUCAUCUCCAGUAGUCCUUUCCUAUAACAACUAUUGCCCUUGAUAGCAUGGAAUGCUUUAGGCAUAGGGUGUUACUCUAAUAGAGAAAGUCCAAAUAUUUAAAAAAUAAAUAGGAUUUAUUGUUCACAAAGAAAAACAAAUAAAUCAAAAGUUGAUUCUUUCCAAGUAGCAUACAGUUCAAAACAAAGACAGUUACAAUUUACCAUCUUAUAAUCUGUCCCUCUCUGUUAGCUUCCUCCUUGGUAGUUAAAUUCCGAUUCUCCUCCCUAAGUUCUGAGAUGCAUGGAACUCUCCCUGUCAAUCCCAGUACCCAACAACAGUUGCCAUGCUCACCUGACUAACCCCUAGACUAAAUAACAGAUAAACACAUAAACAAUUGUUAACCAGUAAGUUCUUCACAAAAGGAACUUGCAUUAUUUCCAAGAAAAAUCUGAGAAUGUUCUUGCAAGGUGGGUCUUGGUUUAGUUGAUAAUUGGAUUUGUCCCAAUCCAGAUAUAUUAAUUUAGGGAUGUGCAAAAGAAAAGGGUUAAAUUCCCCUUCCUCCAUGCAGCAGUCUUUAUCCUAAUCCCCCAUUAAACACACACACACUCAAUAUGAGUGUGGUUAUGAACUUCAUUUUAUGUUGCUUUAAUUUCUCCCUUCUAUUGUUGUUUUUCCUGUUAUGCGAAGCUGGAAAUUUUAUUCCCUCACUCUCAGUAUGAGACAUUGGGGGUUUGUAAUGGGAUUUGUUCUAGAAGGAUUGGCUGAUUGCUGUCAGGUUUUUUUUUUUUUGCUGAAUCAUGACACUGAGUUGUAUUUAAGAGCACAACUCAGUCACUUUUGUAUAGCACUGAGGCUGAUGUUUUACACUGAAAUGUCUGCUAUCUUGAACACCUGUUUUUUAACAUAUAUUUGCACAUUAAAGAGGCCUUGAAAAAAGCUGGUGAACUAUAUAUACUAUAAACAUAUGUAUUUGUUGGUUAAAUUUCUACCCACUUCUCAAUCAAUGCACUUCAGUGCAGUCAAGAUCAAAUGUUCAAGUUAUUUUUAAUGAAUGAAUGCUUCAUAGCCCUUAUGGGUUAUAGGGCUGCUCAGUUUUGGCCCUCCAGCUGUUUUUGGACUACAGCUCCCAUAAUCCCCAACCACAGUGACCAACAGUCAGGUAUUAUGAAUUUGUAGACCAACAUCUGUAGGAGGGCUGAAGUUGGGCAGCUCUGUGUGACACACAGAACCAGGUCUCACGAUCCAUGAGACCUGGUUUCUUCGGGUGAACAGGGAGAGCGGGCUAAGCCCACUCUCCCCGCUCACAAACAGAGAGGGAGCCCUGGGCGGCCACAUUGGCCGCCCACACGAUUGCCGGCUCUGAGACGGAGCCGGCGGGGGCUGGGGAGCUUGGGGGCCAUGCAGCCCCCGGAAGCCCCAGUAUGCCCUGAGCGAGCGAGGAGAGGCGAGCUUUUCGCCUCUCCUCCGGGGGUCUACUCGUGAAUAGGCAAGGCGCAAAGCCACGCCAUGGCUACUCAUGAUUUUGAAAACCAGGUGUGCGGAGCGCUCACUCCGCAAGUUUGGGGGCAGGGGUUCUUGAACGGGUUACCCGCUCUAGAACCACUGGGCUCGCAGCCGAGCCCGGUGGUUCUGACGAUUUGCAAAACUCGGGCCAGGCUCUCCUAGCCCGAUUUUUGCAGAUCGUCAGAAUAGCCCCAUAGUCUCACUGAGACUGAAGGUUCUCAGCGAGAAACUCUGACUGAGUAUUCCAGUAAAAUGGCCUCCAUGGAGACAAUUUGAUGCCAGGAUGCUAGCUUAGCUUUUUCUCUAACAUGCUAGUUUUUUGUGUGCAAAUAUUUUUUGUAUAGAGGAACUCUCCAUCAUAUGAGCUCCCACCUGCAGUCAGACAACUCAGAAACAGGUUUACCACUUAGUUUACUACUAGGCCCAAGUUGAAUCAAGUUAGAUCAUUAAUUUGCUCCACCCAACUUUGCAAAUCAGCACUGUACUGUGAAUCAUAUUUAAGUUUUCUCCUGUAUAUGGGUUGCAGAGAUGUGCUGACCCAAUUACUGAACCUUUGUUGACUUGAACAGGAAUGAAACCAGAAACAGCGCUGAAAUAGAACAUUUAAUGCUUGAUUCUUCCCUGCUCCCCAUGGGUAUGUCAUAUCUCUCCCCCUCCCCCCCUGCCCCACCCAAAGUCUGAGAAAUUAGAAUUCAGGAAGAUAUGCAGAAGACUUGUUAGCUCCUUUUUUUAAAGCUUUAAUUUGAUUUGUUAACUAAUCAGGAAAAAACAAAACACAAAAACCCUGGCCUUCAAAAAUCAGUAGCUGAAACUUUUCACAGCAUGGAGAGAUCAGCUAUCACCUAACUUCAAGCUCCUAUUGAAGUAUCAGCUGAACAGUAGUAUCAGCUAAUGCCUGACUUGCAAGCUCCUAUUAAAGGCUUAGCUAUUGUAACUAGUUGAAAAGUUGGUAUCUUUAGCUACAAUUCUAGCCACAACCUACUCCUUCUGGUACUAAGGCAGAUUUAUCACCAAUGAGUGCUUGUUGUUAGGUUAGGGCAUUUCCUCAUCAUAGUGUUACUUGUGCUGGUAAUAUUAUGUAUGCAUUGUAUAACAGGGAGAUACUAUGUAUGUAUGGUUCUAUGAAAUCCUAAGGGCAAUCCUUAUGAUGCAAGUAUAAAAUAAACCAAUAGCAUGCAGUUCAAAACUGAUUGGCAGCCACAACUAAUCUGAAUGAUAAUCAUGACCUGUGCUAUUUAUAUACCUAUCCAGAAAAACAACUAUGUAUAUGAUCUGAAAGGUUUGUCUGUUAAUAUGAGAAUCAAGGUUUAUUCUUGCUUUUUCUGUUUUUAUUAUAGUGUUGCCAAGCCACAACCCAGGAAACAUCUCUUUAGUAACCUGGCAAACAUGAAAGAGGAUGCAGACCUAGGUUUCCCCUACACCAAGUGUAGGGGAACAGGUUCACUGUGGUCCUCAGCCAAGGGUCUUUGCAGGCCCCUUUAAUGGGUGUGGGGCAACUGUGCUGAUUGCUGCUAGAUUUAUUUAUUUAUUUAUACAAACCUAUAAUGCUGUACAUAUAAUGUUGAGUCACUGUACACUAGAGGCACUGCAUGGUAGUAAAGGAAGUUUGCUGAAGAGUGCUCUGAGCUGCCACCACUAAGGUUUGGGGAAGGCUUACCAUAGCAGCAGCAGGUUGGAGUGUUCCUUGGUGGCUUCCACCUUUUUUCCCCACCAGGGCCUCAGAUCAUCCAUGGACCCUUCAGUUGUCCUAAGCUCUUGGCCAACAGCUGAUGCUGGCUUUGCCUGCACCACUCCCCCCUCCAGUCCUAUUGCCUACCCUCCUGUCCCACUUUUUAUGGAGCUGUGCAUAAGUACCACUUGUGCUAGCAGAAGGGAGGGGUAAGUAGGGUUGUUUGAUUGCUACCCAGAGAUCCUCAAUUAGCUGUUAAAAUAAUUGAUGAAAUGGGAUAUGAAAUAACUUGAUGUUUCCUUCCAUCCCCUUCCAAUCUUACACACACACUCAUUCACUCCUGGUGCUAUGUGAGAAACUUGGAUUGCUGCUCAUUACACCUGAUGGAGGAGUGGAUGGAUGGACAGCACAGUUGCUAGAAGCCACAACUGCUUUGUAUCCCACUUUGUCAGUGAUUAUAAAAAUAUAACAGGCAAACCUAUCAGCUAAUGGAGGAUGGGGCCAGAGGAAGGUCAGAACAGAAAAUGGCUGGCUUCAACCUUUUUAACAGCUUUGGGAUUUAAAGAGAGAGGAAAAUUCCCCAUGUUGUAACCUGGCAGCCCUACACUGUUGUGGCUUACAAAAAACUGUAAGGAAUGAGCAACAAUUAGCAUUUAUAUUUGGCAUGGGGGGAAAGUGGUCAGUUAAAUGAAACUAUUGGCAAAUGGAAUCAGAUCUUGUGGCUUGACAGCACUACUUGUAUAUGUGUGAGUGAAACUGCUUUCUGUAUACUUUAUUUUUAUAUUUUUAGUACUGUGAAGAAGCACUACAUAUUAUACUUCUGUGCUUGCUUGCUUAUUUAAUAAAGACACAUUCCAUGUA